AUGGGCCGAUUCAGGUGAAGAUAUAUCCAAACUCACGCCGAUCGACAUUGCUAAAAAUCGAACAGCAUCACAUCCGAGACAGCAUUCAGCCAUCCACCCGAGGUGGUCUACGACUUCGCGGCGAACCCCAACAACUGGGGACGUACUUACAAGGGCAGCGGCGGCAUGCACAAGGACGUAAAAGUGCCGGUGGAAUUCGGAGACGUUUGGACGGAGAAGGUCGACCUUCCGCCCAACACAUACUAUUCUACCUGGACCUGCAUUCGCAAAGAGCGGCCGUGGUCGUUUGUGAUCCAACAGCAGAACCACAUUGGUGCUACAGAGCCGGAUGUCGGUGGCUGUGACGGGUUCACGACGAUUAGCUACACUUUUGAGAAGGUCGGAGAGGGAGUGACGCUGUUCACGAGGAAUCUCACGUGUGAGCUGCCGAGAGGAACGGCUAUUCCUGAUGACUUGUUGACGGUGAGCUUGACAGCCAUCACUCGUGGAAGUCCGACCCUGACAUUUGAUGCGAUUAGGUCUGUUGCCGUCCGCAAGGCAUUGAGAAAUAUCACGACUCUAUCAAGGACGAGCUUGAUCAGAAGCACGAGAAGACAAGAAAAUAG